AUGUCUUCAACAUUUUCAUUCCUUCACCUCCCACCGGAGGUUCGGAAUAGGAUCUAUGCGCAUUAUGUCACUGUCAAGGGGGGCUAUGUCUUCAACUUUGAGUCGGGCAAACUGGUGGCUGCCAGUGGCGACGGGAAGACGCAGCCAAUCGACCAGGCCUUGAAAUUCACAUGCAGGCAAGUCGCGGAAGAAAUGAGAGGAUUGGAUCUCGUAUCAAACCGUAUCACUUUCUCAACUGGAUACUCUGACAAUUGGCGCAUUGGUGCAGCCGCCUUUCAUCACAACAUGGCCAACAUAAACCUCGAGGCCUAUCACUGGCUUCAGGGACCAGCAGCAGAAGAGAGCGGAGAUGAAGAAGGAGAUGGGGGCGAAGGCGAAAGCGAAGACCAAGAUGGCAGCCUGUAUCAGGGCCAAGAUGAAGACGAGAACGAAGACGCGAACGAGGAUGAGGAUGAGAGCGAAGAGGAUGAUGAGGAAGAGGAUGAGAACGAUGAACCUCAACUCUUGCCAGGAUUUACAACCACGAUAGCUAACGAAGUGGCAAAGCGAUAUCCAAAAUUUAAGCCAAUUUUGGACGGUAUUCUGGAAGGUCAUAAUAUUGUGGACAUGGACGAUUACUUUGGUAUAGUGCCGUCAUAUAAACGACAAGCAACUCUUUAUACACUUGAACUUCAAGUCAAGCAUAAUUCCACGCCGGAGCACUGGCUUGGAGCUCCGACCCAUUCUCCCGAGGAAAUAUUGGCCUUGUCCAGGGAGUAUCAACCAUGGCGCUGUUGCCUGACAGGGGAUGAGAUUCGAGAGCUCAAUGUUGGGGCUAUUUCUAGUCGGUUGGCAUGGAGCACUAGCGGUUACGAUGGCAGAGGACAGGGACUGUGGUCUUUGGUACUCACAGACAGUAUUGCUCUUUGGGUGACAGAGGCGUUGGCUCUUAUUCCGCUGGGCAUGCCUGAAAAAUCUUACACAUUAGUUCUAGAUGGAGGAGAUGUGCCACAGCAGUGCUCAGAUAUCUUCCAAACAAUAGUCCAACGAGAUGCGGCCUGGCAAACCGCCUGGGAAAUGAUCACGUCCGACACCUUCUCGGAAGAAUCCUUCUUCACCAAGAGGGCCCACCAUUGCUACAGAUUCGAGGGAUUUCCCGAUGCAGUUAACGAGAUGGUGAAUAGCCCAUCAGGCUUUAUUCAAUGUACAUUUGACACGGGACCAGCGGUUUGGAACGCUGAAGUUGAAUUCGGGAAAUAUCGUCACUUUAGUCUGGAAGACUCGCAUAAUCUCCCCAUCGCCAAUCAAGUGUUUUUCCAGCCUCAGGAUCCGCUACCAGGCUGGAUUGAUCUUCAUAUCGAGAACAUUCUACCCGAAUUCUUCACCGAUCAGCACCUGAUUCAAGUAGAUGACACAAGCGAAUGGCUUAUUCACGAACUGAAGGGUGCGUGGGACGACGGUUACGAAGACCAGAAGAAGCAGAAGGAAGAGAAGAAACAGGAGAUUGCAAAGGCGAAGAAUGAAAGAACGAAUUGA